GGCCUGACGUCAUCCGUCCCGGUGCGACCCUGCUGCUGUGCGUUUGAUUGGAGGGAAACCCCGUGGAUGAGCGGGAGAGAUCAUCAGCUGUGCGGCCGUGGCAUCAGGAGCGACACCGUUUAACGACAUUCACAGAAGCCAUGGCAGACAAGGCGGAGCUGGUGCAGAAGGCCAAGCUGGCCGAGCAGGCCGAGCGCUACGACGACAUGGCCGCCGCCAUGAAGGCCGUCACGGAGGAGGGCUCGGAGCUCAACAACGAGGAGCGCAACCUGCUGUCGGUGGCCUACAAGAACGUGGUGGGAGCCAGGAGGUCCUCCUGGCGGGUGGUGUCCAGCAUGGAGCAGAAGUCCGACGGCACCAAGACCGCGCUGGCAAAGGAGUACAGGGAGAAAAUCGAGAAGGAGCUGAACGACAUCUGCAAGGAGGUUCUGGACCUACUCGACAAACAUCUCAUCCCCAAAGCGACGCCUGCUGACAGCAAAGUCUUCUACCUGAAGAUGAAGGGAGACUACUACCGAUACCUGGCUGAGGUGGCAACCGGAGAGGACAAGGAAACCAUCAUCAACAGCUCACAAGAGGCCUACCAGAAGGCGUUGGAUAUCAGCACCAAAGAAAUGCCUCCCACACAUCCCAUCCGCCUGGGCCUCGCUCUCAACUUCUCCGUUUUCUACUACGAGAUCGUCAACUCACCCGACAAGGCCUGCACACUGGCCAAAACGGCCUUUGACGAAGCCAUAGCCAUGCUGGACACCCUGAGCAGCGACUCCUACAAAGACAGCACCCUGAUCAUGCAGCUGCUCCGUGACAAUCUCACACUGUGGAUGUCGGACGCGCAGGGAGAGGGCGAAGAUGAAGUGAAGGAGACGGAGCAGGAGCCGGCACCGGCACCGGAGACAGAGGAGAAGAACUGAAUUACAGGAGGAAAAAUAAAACAACACAUUUUUUACCUCUCACCAGCCUAAGUUGUGUGCUUGGUUGCGUGUAUGUGUGUGUACGUGUGCACAUACAUGCACAGAUAUGUAUGUUUACACUCCACUGACGGUGUGUAAAAGUACAGGAUGUGUGUGCAGAUGCAUUGAAGUGUAUGUGUGUGUGUGUGGGAGAGAGUGAAUGAUAAUUGUAUGAACACCUCCACAGAGAAAAGGAUGGAAUAGACUUGAUUUCCUUUUUUUGAACAUUAUUAUUCCGUGAACCUGUGUAUUCUUGUUUUUGUGUGGACUUUAGAUCCCCUUUAGAUCUGCCCCUCAUGAUCUGUAAUAUUUAUCAGUGUAGCAAACUGCUGCUGGUGCAGGAAAACAAAGAACAUGACCUCUGAUCUGUCUCUGGAGAAUUUCUAUGUUUUUACUUGAACUAAACAACCUUUGUGACACUCCGCGUCCACUAAAGUAUCUCUGGAAGAAAAAAAAAAAAAAAAAAAGAGGGCAAGGUCUCUAAUGUCCCCAUGUUGACAGUAGGCGGUGAUCGUACGCCGUCCCAGGUAAAGAUGCGUCUCCGUAGUGCUUGUGCCCACCCCGCCCUGUUGGUGUCCCGUGUAGCCGGUAGCGUGUAAAUGGAUGGUACAUGUUGCUGUUUGAACGACUACUUUUCAUUUUUGGUCCAUCUUGUUGAGCGACCUUUUUUAUCAACCGUGAAACGUGUGGUCUUUUUUUUGAUUUCCUGCAGUUUUUCCCACACCACAGAAUAAGGUAAACCGCCUAAGAUGACAUCUUGAAGAAAAACAAUUAAAUAAAUGGCUUGAUACUGUAACCUUUUUGAUAUUUUAACUCUUCAGCGGUGCAGAGGAUACUUUACGCCAUGCGCUUUUAUGUGGCUUUCUAAUCUUUUUCUAUCAGGUGUUCUUUUUACUAUUUUUGAUUUCCUGUAUUUUACUCUCUUCGACUCCUGCAGAAUGUAUGUGGUUCUCAGUAGUGGUGUGUGUGUGUGUGUGCGCGUUGGGGGGGUUUAGGCAUGCUUCAAAACUGGCAGUUUAGGAUUUAGCUUUAACCCGGUGUUUUUAAACGUAACAUUUUAUCUUUUUUAUGAGAGUACAUCAUGACACGUGGAGUAAAAAGUGAGCAUCAAAGUAAUGUCAUAGACAGCUUCAUUAAAGCCAUUUUUGUAGUUACAGAGUAGUGCCAGUAUGGAAUUACAGUAUCUUGGUUUAAGGGGGGGAGAAAAAAAAAAGGUGGGAUACAUGAUUCAGAAUUUGCAAAUCACACAACGAGUGCAUUAUUUGGUUACGUGCUUUCAUGUAAGUGGAAUUAAAACAUUGAAACUGA